CGCCUCGCUGCGACCGAACCUGGCGACCAGCGCCGCGUGUCGUCGCGAGUGAGUGCACAGUGGGAGUGCGGCGGCUGCUGACCGCGCAGUGCUUCGUGCCCAGUGAUCGGGGUCUCCGUUACGUACUGUGAUAUUACAAGUCUGCUUCAUUAAAACAAUCGACAGUUUAGUAAAACUGAACGUGCGUCCGGUGCCACUGUAAGUGUUCUCUCACUGAUCCCGACGACACACAGUGCUUCAAUAAGUGCGAGGAGGGUGAGGGGCGGCGUCGCGGCGGCAUGGGGCUCGCGCGCGGGCCGCCGGCGGGAUGGCGGUGAGCUGCCCCGAGGUGAUGUACGGCGCCUACUAUCCCUACCUGUACGGCCGCGGAGCCGCGCGCUCCUUCCACCACGCGCCGCACUUCCAGUACGAUCGGUUGAACGUGCAGAGCGGCGGCGUCAAUGCGGGCAGCAGCGAGGCGUUCGUGUCGGGGGCGCAGUCCCCGGGCUCUCCGCCGCACGCGCUCCCGGCGCACCGUCUGCGCACCAAGGAGGAGGAUCUCUCUGCACACGGCCGAGCCAGCGCUGACGGAGGCGGUUCGUCCGAGUCGGAGGGCGAGUGCGGCGGCGCGGGUCCGCGAGCGCGCGCGCAGUACGUCAGCGCCAACUGCGUCGUGUUCACGCACUACUCCGGGGACGUCGCCGCGGUCGUCGACGAGCACUUCGCCAGGGCGCUCUCGCUCGACAAGACUAAAGACGGCGUCCCGAUGGUGUCGCGCAACCUGCCCGCGUCGUUCUUCAACGCGGCGGCGGUGGGCGGCGCGGGCGGCGUGGAGCUGUACGAGUACGACCCGUGGCACCAGCACUACUCCGGCUACGGACACGCGGCGCACCGCCACGCCGCCGAGUACCACGCGGCCGCCCAGGCGCACCACAACAUGGCGGCGGCGGCGGGCUACGGGCCGCUGCUGCUGCCCCGCGGCUCUCUGCACGCGCAGUACAAGCCGGUGGAGUGGGGCGCACAGCACCACGCGGCGCACCACCUCGACCCCGCCGCGUGCUCGCCCUACUCUUAUCCCGCAGUACCAGGUCUGGAAGCGCAGGUGCAGGACACGUCCAAGGACAUGUACUGGUUCUGAGAGGAGGCUCUCAUCGCACGCUGAGCGCACGUCGGACCGGCGCGGCACCGGGCGGGCGGCGGCGUCAGGCCUCGGUGCGGGCCGCGCCUGCGAUGGGCUGCGCGCCGCUCUAGGGCUGUAAAGACAUUGUCUAGUUUAAGUGUUGUUCAUCGAAGGACUCCGCACGUGCAUCGGUAUUCAAUACCACAAAUGACUGACUCGAGUACACGAGUGUGUGUACCAAGUAUCGACCUGUGUGUUAUCUAUAGUUUGCUGAGGCCAGUUUCCAUGUAAGCUUCCACAAUACGCGCACCUACGGAGUACGUCGAUGUCAAAGUACAGUAGUUUUGUAGUUAGGAACAUUGUAGCUCUAACUUGUAUAAAUUAGAUGAGGAAUGGAAUACUUAGGCACGUUAGUUGAUUAAUGAACAGAUAGACGGGCGGUGCAGUGCGGUGCAGUUGUGUAAGGAACUGCUCGAUUGCUUCAGCCUCUCACCGUUAUCGUACCGAAACAAAUAUGCUUCUGGAAAAUCGUAAUCACUCAACAGAUAUUAUUUGAAUGAUUUAUGAACGUUGUAUUAUUAGCAUAACUAAAGCUGUGAGUUAGGUCGACAGGCUGCAACCGACCAACACAUCGGAAUUAGUAAACAAAAACACGAUAAAGAUAUGCGAAGAGAUAGAUGGGCGGUGGAAGGUGUACCGGGUGUACGUGUCC